AUGGAUCCCGACACCAAUGACUCAAUGGCUUAUCACACCCCUAUAACCAUAGAUGGUAAAUUGGGCCGUCCUCACUUUGCGCACAUAUCUGUCGAUGUAGAGGGCAGUCUUCACUUGCAGUGCUCUCAGUCGAUUGCCAACACCUUCCAAGGUCCCCUUUCUAUAGGGCUGGCGGAUACCUUUUUGAAAGCAGUCGCGAUGUCAGAAGAAGUUUGUUCACCAAUAACCCAAGCAGCAGCUCACCAAACUACGCUAGCAAUUAGAAAUACUUUGCCCUCACCACGAAUAACCCACACUUCCCACAGGACGGGAUUAGAUGGCAAAGGGCAGACACGAAAUUCCCCACCACCUAGUUUAUCUCCGCCAACAGUAGGGCCAGCUCACACAGAGCCUUCGCGUCGUUGGGACACACCGAUCUUGGAACGCACAAAAAGAAAUGUAUGGAGCAACGACAACAGAAUGUGGAGGCCAGAAGUCGCAAUAUCUGUUAUAGACCGCAAUUUUCUACGAAAGUACUACGCGAAGGCAUUUGAAAACCUGCAGCAGACGAAUUGCCGGGCCCUCGCGAAAGCCUAUGUUAAGCUGGUGGAGCCUCGAAAGCAGGUAUUCUUUCCAUACAACGGGCGGGCCGUUGUCGCAGGGGUCAUUCGGCAGCUUGACCCGGAGGCGACCAAGCCGCCGUGGUGGCCUCCUGGAGUGAGACACCGAGAGCCCGACCAUCUUCUCAAACACGAGCGCAUCAGGCUUCUAGUUCAUAUUUUGUGUGAACUGCAUACUAGCCAUGGUAUCACCACCAAAAAGCUGCGGGAGGCCGACCAGCCAAUUCGCCGGUAUAUAGUCCCAGCAGAGCGAGUAUGCAUCUUCGAUGAAGUCUAUCGGGUUCGACAAGAAGAGGUAGAAUUGUUGGAGGGGAAGAGCGAUGGACUACGUCAGGUGUGGAUUUGUCGCAUGAACCUACCUGAAGCAGCGAGAAUCAUAUCCAACCGCAAUCAACGUAGCGGAGACGGAACACCUUUUGAUGCCCCAUCUAAAACUAUCUCGAGCAACCUAUCUGCAUGUGUCAAAUCACCCCCUACCAACCAUGCUCCACCAGCACUAUUUGCACCAGUGGCAAAUUUCCCAGCCCACUUACCUCUAGACUAUCCCUGUGACGUGCAGGGUCAAUUUCCUAGGAAAUACUCAAGCCCGGAUCCCAAGACCACACGUGGUUUUGACAUGACUAUGCCGGUAUCAAUGCCGCCGCAUGUUUUGAAGAGGAAACGCGAAGGCGAGGGGAUAGCUGAAGUUGAUGCGACAAGGCCUACAAUAUUCAUACCCGAUCUCUCUUCCUCGGUAAUUCCUAAUCUCCAGCCCUGUCCACUAGAAUAUCACAGCGGACCUUACAGCUCUCUACAGCAAAAUUUCGUCUCGCAUGGGCUCUCUACAGCAGAAGAAUUAGGGCAACCGAAUGAGGGUCGUGAUAUCUCUUACCAGUUUGGAUAUAACUAG